GGGAGCGGGGCUGCGGUGGCCCCCGAGGAGCAGCGCUCGGGCGCGGGCGGUGCCGGAGGGUGCCCGCCAGCCGUGGCGUGCGGGGAGCGCCCUGCGCCUCCGUCACGGGAAGCUGUCGUUUGGCAACCGGGCUGGAGCGACGGGCGCCCGCGGGGAGCCGCUCGCCGCGGGGCUGACGUGGGCCGGAGCAGGAAGCGGUGCGGCCCCGCCGAGAGGCGCUCGCCUGUGCCCGCGGCUCUGGAAGCAGGCUGCCGGGGCCAGCCCCUUCGGGAGGAGGAAGCUGUUGAGGCGACUGACGCGCGGCCGCAGGCGCGGCAGGUCAGAGCGGUGAGCCUGGCCCCGCUGCGGGCGGCCGCCAUGCGCAGCCGCCGCUGAUGGCCGCCGUGGGGACGGGGGGCCGCGACGCCAUGGCCCUGCGGCAGCCGCCGCUGCCGCCGAAAGCGGGCUGCCCCUCGGCGCUGUACGUCCACAGCAUGCCCGCCUGGGUGCUGGAGGAUUUCUGCCAGAAGAUGGACUGCCUGAGCGACUACGACUGGAUGCGAUUCGCCUCCUACGUGAUAACUGAUCAAACAGAGCUACGGAAAAUCAAGUGCAUGGAGAAGACGGGGAUCAGCAUAACAAGAGAGCUCAUGUGGUGGUGGGGAGUGAGGCUGGCCACAGUGCAGCAGCUCCUGGACCUGCUGCAAGGACUGCAGCUCUACCGAGCAGCUCAAGUAAUUCUGGACUGGACAUCAGCCUCUAAUAUUACCAACAACAAAAAAGAAGAGCUGGUAGAGCCACCUAAACAGGAGAACACACCUUUAACUCCCACAGAAAAUAAAGAGAGAGAAAAUGAGAGAAAUCUGUUGCCAUCACCAGACUCUUCACAUCGGGAACCACCACCAGCAGGUAUUUCAGGUGCUGUUCCUGAAGAAGCCUUGUAUUCACUUCCUUUUCCUCCGCCUCCCCCAAGAGACCUUUUGAAAUCCUUACAGUCAAAUCCUCCUGUCUCAUCAAGUGUGAAGCCUUGCAGCUCUUCUUGUCCUCAGCAGGAGACAACGACUGACCUCCCCAGUGAGAGUCUUUUGUGGACCCAGAGGGAAGUUACUAAUGCCACAGAUGGUUUCAGUGACAAGAGCAGAAUUUGUGAAGGUACUUUUGCAGAUAUCUACAAAGGUCAGAGGAACAACAUAGUGUAUGUCAUCAAAAAAAUGAAAGAGGCAAAAUGCACAAGCCCAAAUUCCACCCAAAGAUUCUUUCAUACAGAAGUACAGAUUUGCUUUCGGUGUUGUCAUGUCAACAUCUUGCAGCUGCUGGGCUUCUCAGUAGAAACUGGAUUGCACUGUCUGAUAUAUCCAUACCUGCCUAAUGGAUCACUACAAAACAAACUUCAGUGUCAAGAUGAUUCUGCUCCACUGUCCUGGGAAAGGCGAAUUAGCAUUUCUGUAGGACUCAUCCGAGCUGUAGAGUAUUUACAUAAUUUUGGAAUUCUUCAUGGGAAUAUCAAAAGCUCAAAUGUCUUGUUGGAUGAAAACUUUGCACCAAAGCUUGGACAUUCAGGUCUGCGAUUAUAUUCUGUUGAUAAAAAAUCAGAGUAUGCUGUGAUGAAAACCAAAGUCCUACAAGCUUCUCUUACUUACCUGCCAGAAGACUUUAUCAGACACGGCCAGUUAACAGAAAAAGUUGAUAUAUUCAGCUGUGGUGUGGUCUUAGCAGAGAUAAUGACAGGAAUUAAGGCACUGGAUGAAGGAAGACACCCUAUUUAUCUGAAAGAUAUGAUUGCUGAUGAAAUUCAAAUAGCAAAAGAAAGCUCAUACUCCAAAGUAAAAAACUUUGAAAAGCUAGCUGCCAAGGAAAUAUGCUGUAAAUACCUAGACAGGAGAGCAGGACACUUGCUGGAAGAGGUUGCUACUGAUUUUGCCUCCGCCAUCUGCCUUUGUCUGAGAAAGAAGAAUUCUAACAUAGCAGAGCAGGUGCUUGUAAUUAUGGAAAUGGCUGAAAAUAAAUUAAGGGAGCAUUACAUCUGUGGAGGGAGCACUUCUGGAUUCUCCUUGAACGCUCCAGAAGAAACCGAUGAUGAGACAACUAGUCUCAGCAUGGAUGUGCCUUCUGCAGGGGAGAACAGAGAGGACAGCACACAGCCUGUGAUCCUAGCAAGUGCCGAUCUAUGCACACCUUCAAUAGGAGUUGUGUCACCAGACAUUUACUGUGGACAAAUGUCAAGGGUCCCUUGUGAAUCAGAUGAAUCCAGUAGUUUUAUGUGGAAUCCUUCAGAAAGAUCUACAGAUCAGCUAUCUAGCAACAGGUGUAACAAUUCAGAAAAUAUGGCAGCUUCUGAUUACAGGAUCAAGCGGGAAAAACCUGUAAAUGGACUCCAGGAAGGAAAUGCAGCAUGCACCAAAUCAAGUGAUGAAGUCUUGGAAAUAGCGUCUACUGUACAGAGCACCUUUCAGCAAGAAAAUGCAGACCUUGACUCUUCAUGUUCCUCUCAAGCAUUACCCAGAGAGACAUCUUGGAAAAUAAAAAUAAAUGAUCAAAAAAAGAAGCUCAUGGAAAAUAUUUUGCUGUAUGAAGAACACAAAUUAAACAGUUCUGAACUUUUUGAAUCAUAAAUUGGAUGGAUUUAUUAGCAGUGGCCACCUCAGAAGAAGCAAGGACUGCCUCUUCAUUAGAAAGAUGGUAAACAUCAUGUAAGGUUAAGUAGCAGAUCUAGAUCAGAAGCAUCGGCCCUAACUGAAGAGAACAGAAGCGAUCACACUGAGAAGAAAUAGAAAAUACCUGUUCUGAAGCCGAUUAAAGCACAAGGCCACUCUGUAAACAGAAAGGCCUUCUUCCUUUUCAUCUGCAAUGUAGAAAGAUAUGGCAAACACAAACAAUUGCCAUAUCAUUUACGAUUCUUUUGCAGUGUAUUUCAGAAAGCAUCUACAUAUAAUAUAUGUCUUACUGAAAAACACAGUCCUAGAAGUUACAGGGCAAGCACUAAUAAGCAACCAGUUAGCAACACCCUUUAUUGUUGUUAUCCCACUGUGUACAAGCAGGCAGAAAACUUCAGAGAGAUUGGAGAAGGUUUCAGUGUUCAAAUAGAUCUAUCCUAUUCCAUGUAAUCUUUGCCCACAUACUCAAAAAUACCGCAUCACCACAGAGGAGAAUUCUUACGCAAGUUCUCAGAUGUAUUCAACGUGACGCAAUCUCAAUUCGAAUUGCACUGAACAUAGUUGUAAGUAAAUAAUUUAGGCCUUGUCCAUCUACUCUAUGAGUUUCUUCUCUACUAUAUACAUAUACAUAUGGCACCAUUUGAAGUCUAACCUUUAAGUUCCACUGUCAGGAGCUCUAAGACAGUGUUUAAUACUUUGUAAGAGUAUUUUUGGCAGUUAAUUUUUUCUAAGUGUCCUUUACAUGUUAAGGUUUCUCAUUGUGUUUCACAUGGUAACUGUUGUAUAUUUUGGAUUAGGGACAAGAUUUUAAUUUAAAAUAUCUUUAAUUCUGUUACAGGUUACUUGAAAGUUGAUUUGUUGUAUUUAUUUUGGCAAUGGGUUAAAGAAUCAGUGAAAGAUGAGCUAGUAAGCGGGCCUGUUCACAGUGCCACACCAUGUAUUCUGAGAGGAACUGUUUUGUGUGUCUCUUGGCUUCCCGAGCAUUAGCAGCCUUGGAGUCAGCCUCAGUGAUCACUUUAAAAAAACAACUUGUAUGCUAUCAUAUUUAUUAUUAAGUGAAAGCCCCCUUAAGAAAGUGUCACUUUUAUUGUUACAAAUAUUUAUUAUUUGCAAUAUUGUUAGUGUAUUCUACUCUUGUGCAGUCUGAGGAAAUACAGGUUUAUUAUAAAUAAACUAUCAAAACAUGUCACUCAGCUUACAGACUGGUGGCUGCUGUCUCAGCACAGGUAAUAGGGCCUGAUGUACCAAAAUGGCUAAAAUUCACAGUGCAGGUCAGGGAGUAUUUUUUAAAAGUAUGAAUUUAUACAUAAUUCUUUUCAUUGGAAUUGUGUAAUGGUAUAGUUUUACUAGCUUUACACAAAGGUCUCUGAGUAAGGCCUCGUAUCUUCUGUAUUUGUACAGUACUUAGUUCAUCGUUGGUACUGUUAUGAGCAAGUAAAAGUAUUUUAACUAAAAACCUGAGUAUUACAAUCAUCUACACAUUUAUAAAAUUGAUUUCUACACUAAAACCUAGUAAAAUUCCUUAAUUAUGAGUACCUUGGAUACUAUCUAUAUAUUUGCCAGUGUCAGGGUUUUUUUAUUUUACCAGAAUCAAACGAAGAAAACAUUGGUACUGACAUAAGAAACACUGACUAUAUUCAGAUGGGUGAAUAACUUAUUAAUUCUAAAUGAGAUUUAAUAGAGAUAUAAUGCUGAAAAAUUAAUAUUCUUUUUUUUUUUAUGGGUGUAUUUUGGGAGACCCAUGAUAAAUACCUAGGAAGAAAUGCACAUAGACACACCACAGAGCUGAAUGGUAAGCCUGUUUUUUAAAUUGAGAAACAUAAUUUAGACACAGUUCUGUAUCACAAAAAUGCUUUAAAGAUUCUGUUCUCCUGUAGUCAUAAAAUGAAAUUGUUUUUCUUUGCCUUGUUCUAUGCUACUUUUAAAAUAUUUUGAGGUGAUACACAUGGUCUUGUAAAGUUACGUAAGUAUAUAAUGUAACAUAUAUAAGACACAGCAUAGUCUUACAGUAAUGGUAUUGUUACAUAAUUUGGCUAUUCAGUAUAAUGUAUGUUUUAACCUCAACUUGGCAAAUUUAUAUAUCACCAUUUACUAAUACCUUUGUAAAUAAAAAAAAAAAACUGAAAAAAAACCCUUUUCUUAUAGCCUGCUUUUUUAUGAUUUAUGGCACAGAAAAUCUCAGUCCAACCUAUUUAGGUAAAUUUGUGUUUUUAAGGAAGCAGCUCCAGGUCUCUUUGCACACACAUAAUCAUUAGUAAUUACUAGUACAACCACAUUUAUUUGGUCUUCAUUCACUGUUAAAUAGCUGGGUUUUUUCCUUUGAGAUGUCCCUAAAGAAAGAUUUCACACUAAAAUUACUAAUUACAAAGAUUACUGAGAUACAACUGGCAUUUAUUGUUGUUUAGAUGCACAAUCUAUAGUAUAUUUUAUCCUUGAGACAUUGUAGCUCUGUCAAAAAUUAAGAAUGCUUUUUUUCCAUGAACACCAAAAUAAGGGCACAGAAUGUAACUUAUUAAAAAGUAUAGUUGUUCUAGAACUAUAGAAAUGCACAAGUAAAGCUAAUUUGGAGAUCAGCACCUCCCAAAAGGUGCUGUUAACACCUGGAGGCUGAACAUUAUCCUGUAUUGUUGAUUAAUGGUUAGAAUUACCAAUUUAUUGACAUAUUAUUCUAUUUUUUCUUGUAUGUUUGAUUUUAAUAAUGUGAACAAAUCCAAACAUGGAAACCUGUCUACCAGCAAAACUAAGAAGGCAUUUAAGUAUGUACUGCAUCACACAGCUUUUGAGGUUACUAAUUGCUAUGUAACAAACUAGCAAAUUUUUCUGUAACCACUGACCACAUCUUAUGUGCCCUUUGUAGUAGAACAUUUUUGUAUCUAAAAAUUAAUUGCACAUGCUGUAAAAUACAUGGCUUCCAAGACGUGCUAGGGUUUAGGAUUUGGUUUUUUUCAGGCAAGAGUGAAAUAAAUGCAUUUCCUAAGAUUUGAUGAAUCGUA